ACAUUCCUUUUCAUUUCACUCACGACUGCUGUCCAUUUCUUGUUAGGGGAUGGCAGCAGAUGCUUGGCUAUGGAUGCUGAUGCUCCUGGUUAAUCCAGUAUGGGUGCACUAUCUGGGACUGUCCUGUACUCUGCAGAGCAGGUCCGUGCCAGGAAGCCUGUAUAAAGAUGGAGACGUUAUUAUUGGAGGCCUAUUUCCUGUUCAUACUCAGGCUCCUGAGCCUAAUCAAAUAUUUACUCAAAGAGCAGCAGCGGGCCGUUGCCAAAGUGUUGAACUGCGCUCGUAUCGCUGGCUUCAGACAAUGAUCUUCACAGUGGAGGAAAUCAACCGAGACCCAGCCCUGUUGCCCAAUCUUACACUGGGCUAUCUGGCUGUAGAUACUUGUCUGAGUGAGGGCAGUACAUUGAAUGCUGCAUUGUCACUGGUGACGGGGAAAGAGGAGGUAGUGUCUGGAGAAGAGUGUACCAGGGCUCCCACUGUGCCUGUCAUUAUUGGUGAUGCUCGCUCAUCUGCCUCAAUCGUGCUGGCAGAUACACUUGGUGUUUUUGGCAUCCCCAUGGUUAGUUACUUUGCUUCCUGUGCAUGUCUCAGUGACCGUACCAAGUACCCCACUUUCAUGCGUACUGUUCCAAGUGAUGCUUUCCAGGCAAAAGCAAUAGCUCGCCUCCUCCGCUUGAUGGAAUGGUCCUGGGUGGGGGUUGUAUAUGGAGAUGAUGCUUAUGGAAAAAGUGGUGUUCAACUGUUGGUACAGGAACUGCAAGGAUCAAGCGUGUGUGUGGACUAUAUGGAGGUCAUCCCAAAAUCUCAUGCACAGAGCAGGAUUAAUCGAAUUGUGCAAAGAAUACAGAGCUCCAGUGCCCAUGUGGUGGUGACCUUUGCCAUCAGUCCUGAUAUAGAGGUUUUGCUGAGAGAAGCAGUGAGACAGAAUGUGACUCACAAGCAGUGGAUUGCAACUGAAGCCUGGAGCACUUCCAGCUACUAUUCUGCAUGGAGCGGCCUCUUUUUGGUAGGCACCCUUGGUUUUGCCCUGCAGAGAGUGGAUAUCCAGGGUUUGAGCUCCUAUCUAACAUCACUUAGCCCAGAGGAGCACUUAAAGGAGCAACUUGUACAAAAUGUUUGGGAGGAGGUGUUUGGUUGCAGAUUUGGGGAGGAAACCCAAUCUGGAUCACCACGUCCACAGUGUACAGGUUUUGAGAAAGUGGAAGAGCAGGGAGAUGCCUACUUUGACGUAAUGUAUAAUGUUUAUAAGGCUGUAUAUGCUAUUGCCAAUGCAAUUCAGGACAUGCUGGACUGUCAGCCUGGCAAAGGGCUUUUAGAGAAUGGAGAAUGUCCUGAUAUCAAACCAGUUAGACCCAAUCAGCUACUACACUACAUAAAGGCAGUACAGUUCACAACACCAGUGGGUGAGCCAGUACAUUUUGACCAGAACGGGGACCCAACUGCUUCAUACGACAUCAUUAACUGGCACACAGGAUCAGAAAAUAAAACAGAGUUUGUCAAAGUGGGGCAGUUUGACACAGCGAGAGGACCUGGGGAAGACUUUCAGUUAGACCUCAGUAAAGUGUUCUGGGGAGGUGGCUGGGAUCACAAGGUGCCAGUAUCUGUGUGCAGUGAGAGCUGUCCCCCGGGCACCAGGAAGGCUGUGCAGAAGGGGAAGCCGAUCUGCUGCUUUGACUGUAUUCAUUGUGCAGCAGGAGAGAUCAGCAAUACUACUGAUUCUACAGAGUGCAUCAAAUGCCCAAAGCGGUUUUGGCCCAACACUGGUCAGACAGAAUGCAUCCCAAUGACAGUGGAAUUUCUGUCCUUUCAGGAUAACAUGGGCAUUAUCCUCGCUGUGCUGUCUGUUGCUGGGGCAGCACUUACUGGUACAGUCUUUGCCGCUUUCUUCCGUCAUCGAGAUACACCCCUGGUCCGCGCCAAUAACUCAGAGCUGAGCUUCCUGCUGCUGCUCUCACUCAAACUCUGCUUCCUGUGUGCUCUGGCUUUCAUUGGCCGUCCAGCUCCUUGGUCCUGCAUGCUGCGUCAUACUCUGUUUGGGAUCAGUUUUGUGGUGUGUCUGGCCUGUGUGCUCAGUAAGACCGUGGUGGUUCUGGUUGCAUUCAGAGCAACUCUGCCUGGAUCAAACUUAAUGAAGUACUUUGGUCCUCUUCAGCAGAGAGCAGGUAUCUUCUUCUGUACGAUGGUGCAGGUGGGGAUCUGUGUGCUGUGGCUGGCACUGGCACCACCUCUACCCACAGAAACUGCAGGAGGUGAGCUUGGAGCUCGGGUAGUAGAGCUCUGUGCGGUGGGUUCUGUGGUGGGCUUCUCCCUGGUUCUGGGCUACAUCGGCCUGCUGGCAGCCGUCUGCUUUCUGCUGGCCUUUUUCGCAAGAAAACUUCCAGACAAUUUUAAUGAGGCCAAAUUCAUCACCUUCAGCAUGCUGAUCUUCUGUGCUGUGUGGAUUGCAUUUGUGCCGGCAUACGUCAGCUCUCCAGGGAAGUACACUGUGGCUGUGGAGGUCUUUGCUAUCCUGGCCUCCAGUUACGGGCUUCUACUGUGCAUCUUUGCCCCAAAGUGUUACAUUAUCUUACUCAGACCAGAGAGGAACACAAAGAAGAACAUGAUGGCCAAAUAGGAGAACAGACUGUACACAAAGAACUUUAUAAUAAUGAGACCUUUAUACUGAACACAUCCCAGAGAGCUGAGAUUGUGUACUGUUUGCCUUAGCUGUGCUAUUUGGUGCAGUUUUUUUACUGUACAAUCCCUCAGUGUUAUCAAGUAAAUCAGUUUUAGAGAUCUUGUACCAUGAAUCAUAACCAUGCAUGUGUGAUAUGUACCAAAAAUAAAUAGAUUUACUCUUUUUUUAAUGAUAAAUGCUAUAAUAAAUCACAUACAAGCAAAAUACAUUUUAAGUUGAAAAAGGACUCACCUGCAUCAUCUAUUCGUGAAGUAGGAUAUUCUCCAGCCAUUUUAGCUCAUCUGCAUUUAGAAUAUAAGAAACAGUCAUUAAUGAAGCA